AUGGCCGGUAUCACGCGCAGAAUCACUGUGAUAAGUGAUACUGUAGAUGAGCGGCUGCGGAUUUUCGAGGACAGGUUGAAAGCGAUGGACAAGCGCCUGGGCAAGUGCAUGGACGAAGUCCGACAUCAAAUAGAAGAUGUGGAGUAUCGAUUAGCCAACGAUGGCAGCAGGCUCGACCCAGCAGUGGCAGAAGUGAUCCCAAAGCUGGUCAAGAGUUGGGGCGAGGGUAGAUUCCCCUCUCAGGGUGAUAUGGCAAAGUGGAUCGAAGGCAAGUUUGACCACCUAGAAGCCGACCUCUCUGGAGAUAUGCGAGGCUUAAAGGCAGAGAUACAGGAGCUGCUCAAAAACGCGAACAAAACCAUGAGCCAACGCAUGGACCAGCGCGUUGCGGAGUGUGUGGAGAACAAAGUGACUCCAGUCGAGAACAAGCUCACUUCCAUGGAGAUGAUGCUGAGGAACCUGCUCGCGCGGCAGACGGCCUUGGAAGAAGCGCCUCGUCCCGUUCAGCCCGUUGAGGAAGAAGUUCAUCAGCCGCCUGAGGAGGACGUAAGUUUCUGCAUUCCUUGA